AUGGGUACACCAACUCAGCAGGAAUGGUCAGAUUUUAAUACGAUUGUUAGAAAACGUGGAAUUCGUCUUCCACAAUGUUCUCCACAAGAUUUAUCGACAUUAAUUCCAAAUGCAUCCCCAGAAGCCAUAGAUUUCAUCAAGCAAUGUUUGACAUGGGAUCCCAUUAAUAGGCCAAGCGCAAAUAAAGCACUUCAACAUAGAUUUAUUCAAGGAGAGAAAAUUAUGCCUCCAUUAUCAACAAAUGUACCAGUACAGAAGGUCUCUACAGUUCAGACAGUACCAUCUCUUAACGAUGAUGAUAUAAAUGUCAUUCCAGAGCAAUCAAAUUCGCCAAACUUUUUCAAGUCAAGAUUUCCUGAUACAAAUCCAAAUAUGUUUGAUGAAGUUGGAUUCAGACAGAUACAGAACUCUGGAAAGAAUAUAUAUAAAGAUCCUCUUGGCAAAUCUCCAAGACAUAAUCAACUGUUUAAUGCGAGAAUCGGAUUUGGCAGCCAGUCUAAGUUUUAA